AUGGAUCCCAGCCGAAAGCAGCCAAUAAUCAUCACCGUCCCAGAGGACGCCCAGGUUCUUACUGCCCCCGUUGGAGUAGCUAGCGACCUCCAAUGCCUGGCAACUGAAGAAGAUCAGGCGAAAUUGAAUGAGCUCAAGGCUGAGGUCAAGGAGCUUGCUGAGAAGAGGGACAUAUAUAAGCUUCUCCGCGAGCAAUGUGAAGAAGAAGUCAAGAGUCUCCGGGCUGAGUUGUAUAAGCUUCUCAGCGAGCAACGUGAAGAAGAAGUCAAGAGUCUCUGGGCUGAGUUGGAUGUGGCUAAGAAGGAGCAUGCCGAACUGGUGGAACAGGUAAAUAUUUUUGAAGUUAAUGAUGACGAGUUAGACAUAGUGACUAACGUCCAUACCCCGCAAGUCCAGCAGAAGGUUGACAAGAUCUACCAACUUCGAGCAGAGAUGGAAGAGGUCAAGGCUUUGGCCGAAGAGUGUAAAGGAAAAAUGGACCGAUUGGCUUCGAAGAAGGAGACUGCUCGGGAGCAGCUGGCAUUGGUGGAGGUCCAACUACGAAUGGCGAGAGAGAAAGUCGAAGCACGGGCUCAACGAAUCAAAGACCUCCAAUCUCAACUGGACUCGGCCAUUACGGAACGGGAUGCGCUCGGUAAGGAGCUCGAAACAUGA